UCUAACCGGGAUGUUACCCCACUGUGGUUGCCCAGCGACCGCGGGGGUCUCGGAGUGCGCUGCGCCAUGCCCAAAGGGACCCGGUGCGGCUGCCAGCAAACCCGAGGUGGAGGCUGCGGGCGGCGCGCCCGGGACAUGGCCCAUGCAGCUCCAGGAUGCUCCUUGCUACUAUAUUCCCAUUGUGAGACGUGCAGUCUUGUGGGAGAGAAGCCUGUCCCAUGCAAACCACAGCCCUCAUCAUGAGAGAACUGCCUUGCCCUGCUCCAGAUUUGUUGUUCACAUGAAGAAUUUCUCUGAAUCUCCUAAAUUUAGUGAACUACACUUUCUGCAUUUUCCAGGUCCCGCCGUGAGACCUUUCAGUGCCAUCGGCCUCUGCAGGGGAGGCCAGACGCCCUCCGCCCAGCAGAGCGAUUGGGGAAGUUUCUCAAAACUGGAGAGGAUGGCAACCGCAGAAGGCUCUCUGGCACACCCAGAUUCCCAAAGCGGGCUCCUAGGCACGCCCGGAAAUCCAGUCGGCAGAGGCGCAGUUACCAUGGCACGGGAGGUGCGCCCCAAGCAGCCUCAUCCCCCGGAGGAAAGGAAGCGCAGCGCAGACACCUCCCUCCACCGCAAUCUGGCAGCAGCGCCCCUUCCUCUGCUUGCGGGCGCUUCCCCCCAUCUCCGCUCGCAGAGGUUAAUAAAGGUUUGCCCCUCGCCCCCCUCGCGCCCACCCCGGCGCUUCCAUACGGCUUGUUCACAGGCCCCUCCUUGGCCGGGGGUGAAUGCUCACUUGUAUUGACCGCUGCAAGGGAAUUGUUCGGCGAGUGCUGCGCA